AUGCAUCAAGCAAAGAAAGAGGAAGAGAACAAACCAUGCACUCCUAAGCUCGAUUUUCCAGAUAGUGCAUCAGAUGAUCAUGUCAGCAUCGACAAAGAAAAUGUCUGGGACACUGAUAUAAACAUAAUAGAUGAUGAGAUCAAUGUAAUAAGCGAUAAUGGAAGGGACCAAGAGGGAAGUAAAUCACACAAUGGCAACAUUUCAGACGAUAUACACAUGAACGGUAAAAGAAAGGAGGAACAGGACAAAGAAAUAGACUACAAACAUAAUUUAGAAAAUUCUCUAGGGGGAAUUGAAAAUUUCUCAUUCAAGAAUAAUCACACUAAUCGAAAAGAAAGUUUUCAGAAACUUUACAAAAAUGUGGAAUACUACAAUGAAGACAUUAAUAUAAUAGGAAAGGAGGAAGAAAUUGGUAUUCAAAAUAAGAUACCAUUAUUAAAUGGUAUUGGAGAAACACAUGACAAUGAGGAGGUCAAUUUUGUUUAUGGAAAAAUGGAUUAUGAAUCUAUCGAUAAGUGUAGUCCCCAGGAUAGUGAACAAUUUUUGACAAUGUCAGGAAGAGAAAUAAGUAAAGACAAUUUGUUUUUAAAUAUUCCAGAUGGGAAUCCAAAUGGACAGAAUAUUAUGGAGAAGAAAUAUUCUUCUCAUGAAGCAUAUCAGAAAUGUACAGAGGAAAGUGAAGACAAAAAUAUUAACCAGAAAAACGACCCAAAUUUAUGUGAAAAAAAUGCAAUUCACCUGAACAGUGCAGGUAAUGAGAAUUUAGUGAAAAACAUAAAACAGGAUAGUAGUAAAGCUGAUUUAUCAUAUUAUCUACCUGUUCAUGUUGUCGAACAGAAGAAUAAAAGUAGGGAAGAUACCCUACCACGUGAAGAAAAUCUUUACACAGGAAUGCCAAAAGAUAGCAAUGAUGAAAAGAUGGAGAAAGAAGUAGCAAUGUAUCAUGGGGAAGCGCCAGAAGGAAAAUCAGCAACAUCAGAAGAAAAGUGGAAAAGUGAGCUAAAAAUGGAAAAAAAUGAAGAGGAAAAGACUAUUAUUAUACAGCUAAGGAAUCAAUGCGAGGAUUUAAAAAACAAACUUGAUUUGUAUGGACAGAGGAACAAAGAACAUAUAAUCUGUCAAGAUAGAUUGAAAAGUCAAAAUGAACAACUUGAAAAAAAACUGAAGACAUACGAAAGAACCUUCAAUGAAAUGAAAGAGGAGAAUAUAAAGAACAAAGAAAAUUAUGAACAAGCUAAAGCGCAAUAUAAACAAAUUAGUAAUAAAUGCUAUGAGUAUGAGACAAAAUUUGAAAAGUUAAACCAAGUAUUGGAAGAGAAAGACAAUUUUAUGAAACAAAAAGAAGAAGAAAUGAAAGAAUACGUGGAAAGGAUAGAAAAAGAUGUAGUGGAAAAAAAAAUGAUCAUACAAGAUUUGGAAAAGAAAAUCGAACAAUACAAAAAAGAAAUAGAUGAAUUUGAAUUUAAUUUUAUACACAAGGAAAAUAAUAUACGAAAUGUUAUGGAACAAGAAAAGAGAAAUGAGGAAUUGAUGUUUAAAAUGCAAAUUGAAAGUUUAGAAAAUAAAAUUGUUCACUUGCAACAAGAAUUAAAUGAUAAAGAAAGAGAAAAAACACAGCUUAUAAAUAUAAAUAAAGAACUAAAUGAAGAAUGCACAUAUUUAAAAAUGAAAGAAGAAGAAAAUGAACAAAAUAUACACAUGCUAAAAUCGAAUUUACAAAUGAAUGAAAAAGAAAGUUCUAUAAAGUAUGAAAAAAUACAAGAACAAAGUAACAGAAUUGAUAAUUUAUUAACUGAAAAUAAUAAGAAUUGUAAAAUGAUCGAAUUAUUGAAAAAUGAAAAAGGAAAAAUGGAAAAUGAAAAUGAUAUUUUAAAAAAAGAUUUAUUAUAUCUACAGGAAAAGUUAAAAAGCAUUGAAAAAUACAGCUAUGAUAUAUAUGAAAUGAAAAAUUAUUUAGAAAAUACCCUUGAAAAAAAUAAAAAUUUAAUAGAACAAUUAGAAUCUGAAAAAAAUCAAAAAGAAGAAUUGAAAAAUAAAAUAAAGCUUUUCUUAACAGAAAUUAAUAACUCAGCUAUUUGUUUAAAACUGUACAAAAUGAAAUGUUCAUUUUUUAUUAACAUUAUGCGGAAUUAUGACAAAAAAGUAGAUACACUUGAAAAGAAGUUAAGGAAUCAUGAAUAUGUGAAAGGACAACAAAUGGGGUUGGAAAUAUACCAAAAUUUGUCUGAAAACAUUAAAAUAGCAGGAAAAAAAACGUGCUCAUAUAUUUCUACACAUAUUAACGACGGAUUACAACAACAAGAGUUGAGGAACAGUGAUAAUUGUGAUCACGGAGAAAAGAAAACUGGUCAAAUUCUUACAAGAGAUCAUGUAGACCUCAUAAAACAAUCUCUCCUCCUGAAGGAAGAACUAGAAAAUGAAAAAAAAAAGAGGGAAGAAACCACGCAUAAAGUACAAAAUCUUUUAAACACAUUAAAAGACAAAAAUUUACUAAUAAACGAAAAGAAUUAUAAGUUAAACAAAUAUAAAUUGAUUAAUAAGAAUUUGCAGGAUUCUAUUGUGGGUUAUCAAAAUAGCAUUAAAGCGUUGAAGGAAAAUAUACAUAAUUUAGAAAAACAGAUUGAAUUAAAAGAAGUUAAAAAUAUAGUAGUACCUCCAAAGCUAACUCUUCAUUUCUCCAAGUUAGCAUCAUUUGAAAAUAAUUUAAAGAAUGAGCUAAAAGGAUUUAUUGGAAAUUCUUCUACUUUUUUAGAAAGUACAUUUAAAUAUAUAAAUGAAAAUACACUUAAAAGGAAUCUCCAAAAUAAAGCUUUCUUUUCAUCAUCAAUGGAAAAGAAGAAUACUGAUGUGGAUAAAGGAAGCAAUUUAAAGAAUGAUUUUUUAAGUAGUGAUCCUAUGGCACAUGCAACUACAUAUACCGAUUCUACUACAUCUCCUCAGACGUCUUCAUCUAAUAACAAUAACAUUGGUAGUAACAGUAAUGGGGAGAGUAGCCUUGUGGAUGUCACGGGAUUUGCCAAGAAUUUUAUUUACAUGAAUAUGAACCGAAUACCUAAUUUUAUCAGUGAUCAGAAGUGUAAAAAUGAAAUGGGGAUAAAAAAUAAUUCUGAACAGUCAGGCGAUUCUGAGGCACUAAACGAGGAAAUUGUUGAGGCACAAAAACAGGAAAUUAUUGAGGCACAAAAACGGGAAAUUAUUGAGGCACAAAAACAGGAAAUUAUUGAGGCACAAAAACAGCAAAUUACUGAGACACGAAAACAGGAUAUAAUCUUCCCAUCUUUGAGCAGAGAUCCAACUAUUGAAGUAAAGCACUUUGAACAUUUGAAAGAGGAAACAAAGACUGAAAAUAACAACAGAUACAUGGACCUUUUCAUGGGUAAAAAAAAUCUGAACAAGGCAGGCAGCAAAAGUGAUAUUUUGAAUGUACAGCAGGUUUCUCAAUUUUAUGUAAACACAGAAAAUAGAAUUAAGGAUUUAUUUGAUAUGAGUAAAAAAAAAGAAGCUAAUAAAAUAAAAGAAAAAGACCAAAAUUUGAAAAAUGUUAAUUCAGGUGAAAAUGCCUUUGUUCCCAUGCACAUAUUCAGUAACAAACCACACGAAGAAUCAUCAACUAUGCAUGAACAUAGUAAGAAACUUAUAUAUCAAGAGAAUACAGGCAUAAGUAACUGUCACAGCUUCAGUUUAAAUCCAAUUAAUGAUAUAAUAAUAAAUAAAAAUAGUAUAGGCCAUACAAAAAUGAAGGGUUUUGAUGACACGUUAAAUUAUAGCGAAUUAAUACAAGCGGUACCCUCAUCUGUGAAAACUUCAAAGGUACAUGAUUUUAUUGCUUACAAGACGGAGAUGUCAAAUAUUUUGUGUUCUGAUAACCUGCCACCAUAUGGUAACACAAAAGACGAGGAAAAAGAAAUUGUGAAAGAUCAGAAAAAGUCUCAGCCCAGUUCAUCCGACGAAGACGCGCAAGUAAACGAUGACGUAUGGAAUGAAAAAAUCGACCUGGAAAGUUUUGAAGUGGAAGAAAUGUAA